AUGCCGCUGACUCUGAUUCGAUCAAUCCUCACGCAGUCCCCACCAGUCGCGCAAGCCCCAUCAAAGUUCCACGGGUUCCUCUCCCUCCCGCGCGAACUGCGCGACCGCGUCUACGAACUCGCCAUGUCUUCCCUGGACCCAGACUUCCCCAUCCGCCUGAGUAUGACCCUCACAUUCCCUUCGCUCUACCGCAAUACGCUCCCAGGAAUCUGCCUCGCGAGCCGGCAAACGCACACAGAAGCCACACUCAUCUACAUCUCGCGCACCAACUUCUGGGCCAGCGAUAGGUGCACGAGCCAGCGCCAACUGCUCCACUUCCUCGCCCAAUUCCCAGAGCACAGUGGCUUCAAGGCAGUCCGCAGUCUGAGUUGGUACGCCAUGAAACGGUUUGCUUCUUCGUCGGAAGCGUCGCUGACGUCGCCAGUACAUUCUCCGUAUCCUUCGUACCUCGCAGCGCAAUGCGCGGGCUUGACUAGUCUGACCGUCCAGAUCUUGCUGCGGCCCGUGCUGCGUGCUACUGGGCAGGCCUCGUAUGCCAUUGCGGAGCCGGAUGCGGUGGACGAGAAUCUGCUUUUGUCGCGCGCGGCAGAGCUCAAGUCGCUGAAGACGCUCAAGAUUAUCUUCACCUGUUGUAAAGUGUAUGCCUGGGUUUUGGGGUGCAAGCAGGAGGAGAUUCCUAGGGCAUAUGUGGACUUCCUGAGGAAGAAGUUUGGGGAGGCUGGGGGAAGGGUGAGCGUCGAAGUCGAGUUUGCCGAGGACCCGCUGUAUAUGGCAAGCUUCAGAUGA